UGCAACAACAGUUCGUUUGCGCGGGAAUUACUUCGAUCCGGUUAAAUUUCCGCUAGUUUUCUUUUCGAAUUAAGUUUGUUGCAGCGGUUCAUGGACGAUUCGUCUGCUAGAAAUCUCUGUCGACAUUUGAUUUCGUCGGCAAUUCGACGAUGCCGCAUUUCAGGCGAACUUUGUCGAUUAACCGUCGGUCUGAAAUCGUCUCCACUCGCCAAUCCUCCUGUAGUUCGUAUCUCAAUUGCUGACACUGGACAUGGAAGCUGCUUGGAAGAGUUUCAGGAUGUGAAGAAUCUAAGUGAGUCAUCAUUUAAUGAGAUACAGGAUGGAGCAAUAUCAAUUUCAACUACCAGCAUUUGUGAUAAUGAAAUAUUUCACUACAAUAUCGAUCUUAAACAAAAGGAUUGCAUAAAAAGGCUAGCAAAAUUACCCCCAAGCUCCAAGAAUGGUGCAACAUUCAGUGGGACCGAAGUAUCAUUCUCAACAUUUCAUAGUGUCGAUAAUUUACUGGCAGACAUUACUUGCUUCUUCCGGCAGACUCUCAUUAUGAAGGUUCCUAAAGUUGGAAUUGAACUCGUUGUUGAAAAGGGUGACUUUCCUGAGCACCAGUCUGUAAAUGUUAUAGUUGCAAAUGAGUGCAUUGAUUUACCUUCAGAAUCAAACGCUGUGUGUCUUGAGUCAGGCCUUGUGGAUUAUGUUCUCAAGCAUGGGAAUCAAAAAGAUAGUACAUGCCACUCUUGCUUUCCUAUACGGGAACACCUGAAAACCGGAACUGGGGUUGUCUGCAGCAAAAGUAAUAGGAAUAUUGAAACAACGAUGGAAGCUGUGGUUGUAAUUAGUGAAUUAUCUGAGCUGAUGAAUCCAUCCUGUUUCAGGGUGUGUGGUAGUAAAACAGAGGUUUUAUACUUCAAUGACUUCUCACCUGGUUCGAUCUCUCAAUCAUUACUAAAUGGAUUGAAAAUCAUCGAUUGGAGAAGCUAUGGGCUAAGCCUAAAGUGCAUCUCAGACGAAGAUGGUUGUGCAUUUGUUGAAUGGGAGGACUUGCCACCAGGUUUUCAUAUUGAUAUUGCCAUCCACUGCCACCACAACAAGCUCAUUCUGCCUCCAGCAAAGGAAAGGAAUGUUGAUCGAAAUCUUGCUAAGAAAGCUGUGAAGCUUGCAUUGAAUGACCUAAAGGAAAAAAAUGCUGGAGUUCUUCUCAGUGCACAUGCAAUUAAGAUUCGCAGUUACGCCCCAGACCUAGCGAAAACUAUUGCAGGCCUGAUCUCGACUUCUAACGAUGUGAAAUUUAGAGGAGAAUGUGCUUCCCUUCUUGGGUUACAUUCUCAUGAUGCAGAAUCUAUUAUGGAUUGCAUCAAACAGAGGCUUAUUUCAGUUAUAGACCUGAAUGACAGAGAGCCUCAGACCAAGAGAAUGAGAGAAGGUGCACCUCUUCUUUUUCAUGAUGAUUGCUUCCAAGAAACAGAAUUUGCAGAUGAAGAAUAUGAAGAUGGUGAGGUAAGUUUUUCUGCUUUGGAUCUAUAGAAUAAAUUUCCAUUAUGAGUUCCUUU